AUGCCCUUGGCCUGUGCCAUUUCUCAACCCAAGCCCACCUACCUUGUCGAACGCCGCUACCAGAGUCCGUAUCUUUUGCCCGUGAGAUACCUCAGUCCUCGCCGCUAUACUUGCCUUCCCAGCACAGCGCCGCGCUACCUGGCUCCGUACGCAACCCUUCUGCCUCUCCGCCUCUCUGCACCUCUCGCUCUGAGUCUCUGGGUCCUGGAGUCUGCGCUUGCUCUGCUUCGACCUCUCGGUGCCCCAUGGACCCUGCCCCAUGCUCUUGAGCUCUGCCAUGUCCGUACCGCUACCGCCGUACCACACCAGCAUCGACCAAAGUGCGGAUACCGUAGUACCCCAGAUAGCCAAAGAGGCGAGGACGCUAAUGUACCUGCAUUAGAAGAGUUGGGUGAGCUCGACGAAGAAAAAAAAAGAGAAGCAAAGAUCAAGGAAGACCAAGACGAUCCACCUGCUCUCCGCGAGUGUUUGUGUGCUGUGUCUGGUACCUGCCUGAAUAGAGACCUCCAUACAAACGGCCCUCCACCGCUUGUUACUCAGCCCCGAUUUCAGAAGAAAAAGGGCAUUCCCUCGCUUCGCAUCGUCACCGUCCUCGGCUCCUUUCGUGCAACCCGCAUUGCGAUCCCGAGAGAGUCAACACAAGUCUCCUCUUCUGCCACCUAG